GCUAAAGUGGGAUUACUAUUUAUCACAACGCACACACCAAAUCUACAUACGGUUCAUUGCAAGAACUCUAUUUCGAUCCUUUCCCUUUUUUACCAAUAUCGCCAUCAAAUAUUCCUAGUUGAAUCCCAGUAUCCGAAGAGUAACGUCACCAGUCGCUGUAGUCUAAUUCGAGGUCAGCCUUCAGGAAACAUUCGAGUUACCAUUGGAACAUAAAAGAUUUGCAUCUAAGCAAGAUACCCAUAAAACUUAUCGUUCUGGAAGCACUAUUGUUUACAUAACUGAAUUUUGGGUUUUGAUUCUGCCAUUUAUAGUGGUCGAUCUAGUCUUGGUCCUAAUCUUGAAUAAUCAAUACCACUCUCUAUUUAUCUUUCUUGUUUACACAGAGCCAUAUCGGGCAAACACUUUGAAAUGAACUUUCACACACCAGACCAAUCUUACACGCAAGAUACAAACCCACGGGAGACACAUUCAACCAUGGCUUUAUUACAGAAACCUCAUGUAUUUUCUGGCUCGGAUUGGCGUGGCCUUGAACCUGUGGAGAUGAGGUCAAAACCACGCAUGGCCAAUGUUGGAGAAUCACUUCCAUCCAUUCGAACAAUGUUUGCUGGAUUUGAGAGCCAGGAAAGACCUACUGAAUCCGAGUACAGACAUGCUACAUCAUUUUCUCCCAUCACAACAGAAAGAAACACAUCUCCUGGGUCAAACAAGAGAAUGAGACUAUCCGACGAUUACUAUGACGAGGAAAGCCAGCAGCAACGGGAGAGAUAUCAGUCAGUUAGCAGUGGUCGAAGCCCAAUGACAGCGACCUACGGGUAUCACAGUGCAAACUCUUCGCCAGUUUCCUCGAAUGCCCAUCGGGAGUCUAGAGUUCAUUCUAGCCAUGGGAGCCCUUACAUUUCAAGGUCUGGACGAGAGCAACCUAUUCUCUCAAUCCCAGAACGCAGAGCCCAGAAUCAAGAUCACCACACUUCGAGACCACCAUUCCAUUCUCCAAUCUCUGAGCCAUCGAGUACGACAUACCGCCCAAGCCUCCCAAGUAUUAGCACACCCGACCGAUCUUACGAACGAACAUACUCCCAGAACCCAGCAGAACGAUCACAUGGCGAGUACCCUCCCAUAAAUGAGUACCCAAGAAGCGAGUAUUCAUUGGAGGCUUCCCGCUCAUACCACCAACAAAAAUACGCCCCUUCACGAUCGGACUACGGUUACCACCAACCCAGAGACCAAGGUUACCCCCAACCUGCAACUUUCCCUCACCAUCCAGGUCAAACCCCAUUCACCAACAGACACCACGCAGGAAGCUACAGUCCAACUCCCUACCAAGCCCAAGAAAUGGGCGACUCAAAACCUCGCAAGCGUCGAGGAAAUCUCCCAAAACCAACCACAGAUAUCUUGACAACCUGGUUCAUCAACCACCUCGAACAUCCCUACCCAAAUGAAGAAGAGAAGCAAUUAUUAAUGAGACAAACGGGUCUCCAAUUGAACCAAAUCUCCAACUGGUUCAUCAAUGCCCGUCGUCGUAAAUUGCCCGCUCUUCAAAAUAGCGCUCGUGCAGAAAACGCUGCUCGAUCGCAUCACAACCGAAUGCACUCUGCAGAUGGGGGACAGAGUCCCAUGAGUCUCUGCAACAGCGAGCCAGGACUAAGUCCCAGAGCCGCAUCUGCAUUUAACGAAGGAUGGCCUUCGCGCCAGGAAGAGCGUCAUAGCCAAGAACAUUAUUAAUUCUUUCGCUUCUUUUUACUUGAUUACAUUUUGCAGCAUUGAAGACGCACUUUUUUUUGUUACAGACAUGACUUCUCUAGCCAAGGUUCUAGAGAGGGAGUUGUCGUGUGCGGUUUUCGUUCUUAGUUUUGUUUCCUUUUUUACGUUCGCACUUGUAUUGCAUUAAUUCUACGACUUUUUGGUAUCGCAUUAAUUAUACGACUUCUUUUGUUUAAAUUAGAUUGGGCUUCUGGGGGUUUACAUGCUUCUCACAAGUGAAAGGGAAGGUUACCACACUGAGGUAUUAUUAGGAACCUUGGAAAUGUAUGAUAACAUGGGUAUAUUGGAUUUGGGAUGGACAGCAACAGAUACCAUACUUGUACAUUUGGGCUAUUUGAUGAAACCGAGUUGGCAUGAGCACAGCGGAGUCAAUCACAGACUAUCAGAUCACGCUCGCAUGUAAAAUUACACGCGAGCGUGUUUGUUAAUGUUUUUUUAAUUCUUACUAUAUUUUCGCUUCUUAUAAUGAAUACCUACAUCUACCUACAUAGCUCAAUUGUUAAAUCGAGUAUUCAUUCGUAUUGUACAUUGUACUGCAAAUUGUAAAGGCACGCACGCACACACACAUUGCAGAUAGAACCCCAAAAAAUUUGCCUUUGGGUGAAAAUCUCUCGUGCCGUGCGUCCACUUUCAAUCACGCAUGCAUACCCACGUUGAUCGCUCACUUGUUCGCUCAAUCUUUCCCCUGUUCCGUUUUUCUUACUAAUCUUUUCGGGUACACAUUCACGUUUUCAUAUAUAUAUUCGUAUUCCGCUUCCAGUGUUGCACAAUUUUAUGCGUAUCUUCCAUGCUUCCGCUUUCAAAGUCGUCGAUCACUUCGCCGCACUUAAGCAACCCUUGAAAAUUCCUCUACUCACCGGUAUUCGUGGUAUUCGUCCUCCCCGCUGUUACUUUCUGAGGGUCAGGGGGUAGUAGAAUGUGCUAUGUACUGUUGCGUGGUUGUGGAUUAGUAUGUGUUCUGUUGUCUCAGAUCCAAAUCUGCAACACCCACCUGCAUAGAAGCCAUAUAGAAGGGAGAGAAUCAUCAUAAAUACAAUACGUCAUUGAAAUUUCUCAGUCAGACAUCAAUACAUUUGGAUCAUUGUUAUUUGAGUUUUCUAUACGAGUCCUUCACCAGCAUGUGAUGUCUAGGCCUCAAAGUGGGAGCUUUGCUAAUUGUUCGCUCACGGCAUAUAAGCACAGUUAUACAUUACUAGCACUGAGCAUUAAUAUGUAAAAGGCAGGAAAUUCUCCGACUGCAAGGGCUGGCCGAGCUUAUUUUUCAGAUACCAUUCAUAUCACUGCAAAAUCCCUCGCUGCAUGAGAAUUUUCACAUGGCAGUGCUUUGUCGAGAUCUACAGUAACUGGGGGUUAGACUUUCAAGGGGAAGAUUUUCCUAAUGAAUUAACCAAAAAUUGACAUGACAUGACAAGAAAGAAACUUACAAACGCCAUUUCCAUCAU